AUGGCGGUGGCGUGUACCACAGCAGCGCGGUCGAUCUUCGUGGAUGAUCCUCUGGUGCUGACGUCGAAGAUGACAACAGGACAAGCCCUGCAAUCUUCAUGGAAGUCUGGCCUCGUCGGUUGCUCCGGAGUCCCCGCACAGUGCCUGAGCUACGAGCCUUCAAGCGUGGAUGGCUCCGGCAGUGUGGCCGAGACGGUGUCAAACUCGGGGGUGACGAUCAAGAUCGUGGGCACGGCAGUGAUGGGAUCUGUCAGCGCCAUGGUGAACCGCAAGGCACGUCCAGCAGAGCUGUUGAGCCCAGAGGAGGCAGCUGCAAAGAUGCAAGAGGCUGCAGAGCCCUCCACCACACGGCAGGACAUCCGCGAGCAGGUUCUGGGGGAUGUCUUCGCCGCUCGUGCUGCUGCUGCACCUCCCGUACCUCCGGCACUUCAGCAGGCUUUGCAGGCGCAAGCCGCGGCACAGCACGCAGCGGCCCAGCCACAGAUGCAGGGCCAGGCCGUCCCGGUCGUCCAGGGCGUCCCCGUUUCCGGUGCCAAAGCAUAG